AUGGCGACGCGGCGCUUGGCGGGAACGCGGCUGAAGGGCAGGGAACGGCGCCCAGGGCUCGGCGGCUUCCUGAGGGGAAAAGGGCCCUUCCCCCUCAGCACACCGCCCUCCAACGCCCUAAAUCACCGCGGAGACCGCUGUAAACCCUCCCGACCCUUCGCCCGCGGCAGCCACACGAGGAAAGGGCGGGAACCGUGCGGCAGGCUUGCGGUUUGCCCCUCAGGUUUUAUCUCCCCAUGGCCUCUCGCUGGUAAAUCGGGAUUCUUCUGGGAAUGGGGCUGGAAGGCCUCGGCGCUGGGCAGAAUGAGGCCGGUGGGAGCUGUGCGCCUCGUUCCCGGCGGGCGAGUCUACAAACAGAUCUUUGAGGCUGAGGUAAAACUAAAGCAUCGGCUAAAAACCAAAGGAGGUCGUUAUGUCUGUCAGUUGUUGGUCAGUGACCUCAAAUCAGAGGUUCAGUUAGUCCGCUCAUUGGAUGAAGCAAGGAACAGGACUAGGUUUCCUAUAAAGAGUGACAGCCUCACUUUGGUUAGGGAUUCAGAAACUUCUACUGAUGCCAGGUUACUACCAUGUUACCAGCAGAAGUGUGUUGAAGGAGCACCCUACAACAACUCCCUGGAAAAGCCACCACCAUUGGACAGACAAGCAACAACGUUUGAAAAGGCCUGGGAAAGUGUAGAUGUAAAUGCAGCUGAGGAAGUCAGAGGCCUACCUGAUAUUUUUGCUCCUGAGGAAGGGAGGAGCAAUAUCUCGGGACGCCUGCGGGAGCGCCGGCGAGGCCGUCACGGCACAGCACUGGCCUCCCUCUAUCAGGAGCUGGGCUCCAUCGCCAGGGAGAUGGACCCCUUUGUUUUGGAGCCUGGAAAGUUCCUUUUGACAAAACUGAUGGAAUCUGAUAGAAAAAUUGAACUUCUGUUUGAAAAGAUUGAGUGUGAGGCUACUCAGGAAGGCUUCUCAGUUGAAAUAACAGCUGUACUGAGGAAGUAUACAGUGAGACUGGAGGAAAUUUCCUUCUUGUUGUUGGCUGAUGUUCACAGGUUCAUGAAUGAUGAGGCUAUGAUGAUCAACAGAGCACUGUUGGCUAAUCAGAGAGCAAUUACCCAGCUCUUCUUCAACCUAAUGAAGUCGGAAAUGAAGAAAGAAUUAUCACAUCAAUUGAAAUGGCAAGACACAGUCAAGGACUGGAAGCUCAUCCAAAAGAACUACAUAGUUCACAGUUUCAGUGAUUUGUUGCCUCCAACACACACGAAAGCUGAGAUAAAUGAAUGGUACACAUCUGUGGUGAACUUGAACAAAAACAUGGAUCACUUCCAUGUGCAGUGUGUGAUGAAAAUACGCAGCCAGUAUGAGAUGGUCCAGGAGAAAUGUUUGGCAGAAGUGCAGCUAUGCAAGAAUAACCUGUUGAAUCUGAAUGUUUGCACAAAAAGAGAGGCUGAAGAAUUUGUGAAUUCUGAGUUACUUCAUUUGACUGAGAGACUAAAAAGUCAGUUUGAAGAGGAACUGGAGCAUAUGAAUAGAGACUUUGAAGAGCUGGCUAAACAGGAUGAGCAGAAUUGUAGGGACUUGUACAGCUAUGUUCAGGAGGCCAUGGGUCUCUGGGAUGUCCAUCAGCUCAGACUGUCCCAGCAGGAAGAGGAUCUUCAGAAGAAACUAGAUGAAUGCAGAGGGAAAAGGGAUGAUUUAAUACAGACAAUGGAAGCUGAUCUGGAUGUCAUUUUGGGUAGUAUGAAAACAGCAAGUUCUGAAGAAAUGAUGAAGAAGACUUUGGAGAAUGCCCUUUCUUCUUUAGAUGACAUUAGAGCUAGGUAUGAGAUGUUCAACCAAGUUCUAACAGAUGAAUUGAUGGCUUACCCAGAAGCUAUUUUGCAGGAACUGAUAUCUUACAGUAUAUCCAUCAGCCAAUAUUUUAAUGUAAAGGAAGUCUUCAAACAGAACCUGAAAGGAGAGAGAGACUCCACAAGUCAAGACAAACUCUGCUUUAACUGGGAAGAACUAGUUACAGUUUCAGAAGCUGAACAUCUGAUGAAGCAGCAAACUGAGAGGGUUGUGCAAGAGAAUGAAGGAGAACAGAGGGUAGGCAGUUGUCAACAAGAAAAUGAAGAACCAAGCACAGAUGACACUGAGGAGAUCGUUGCCCAGGGAGCUGAAGCAACAGAGGAGAAAAAGGACUGGGAGAGUGUUCCUCAUGAAAGUGAAGAAACUGAGCAUGCAGAGCAGGGGGAGGAAAAGCAUAAAGGUCUGAAAAUUGCCACUGAGACCUUUUCCACUUCCAGUGGAAACUCUUACACGGUUCUUGGAGUUGAAAAGGGAGGAAAGGCUGAGAUCCCAGAGAACUAUUUUACAAAAUAUGAAAAAGAAGAAUCACUUCCUAUGUACCUGAAUUAUGCACUUAUCAGAGAAAAUGUGUUUGUAGAGCUGAAGAAACGGAUUCGCCUCUGCUUCUUUGAACACUUGGAGAAGUGGUUUACAGAGUCAUUGUCCAACUCCCAUGUCUUUGUGGCUGCCAAGAAGGAGGAGCUAAACUCUGAACUUAAGCUGCAUCUUCACUUGCAUCAACGAAGGCAGGAGAAUAUAGAGACAGAUGUCUACCAUGUUAGAGCUGCGGAACUGUUGCUUCACAAGGAGAGUCUAGAGAGCCACUGUGCAGGGGUGGUGGAAGCUCUGGAAAAGGAGAGAGCUGAAUUUAACAAAUUUUGGGAUCAGCAAAAUAACAGCAUCAAAAACUUGCAUUCACGAAUCUGUGAGAUGGAGUCUGUCUUCCUCAGUGCUCCUGUGACUGAGAAGUUCAUUUCUUUCAGCAACGCUGUGCACUCAGAGCUACAGAAUCAGCUGGAAGUGAUCCAGGUUUCCCUGAGGAGUUACCGGGACUAUUUAGAGGAAGCUUUAGGAGAACUGAGGGAUUCAAAUGUGAAUUUUCUCAGAGCUUGCAGAUUAUUUAUGGAGGGAGGCAACUUUUCUCCUGAGGAGGUAAAGUCUUUCAGCAAGAGUCUGCAGGGAGAAAGUAAGCGUAUUGACUCCUUUGAAAGUUUAAUCAAAACAAAAAUGGAGAAAAUGGAAUCGAGCUGCCUGAAGCAGGUAGCAAAGUCCAAUUUGCAGGCGAGGACAUUGAACUCUUAUCUGGAGAAGCUCCAUCAGAAUUUAGAUGCUUCUGCUCAUCCUACUGCAGAUAAGGAAGCUUUGACUUCUGAAGAGUUGUAUGAACUUGCCAAAGUAUUGUUGACAGAACUGAAGAAGAGGAGCCAGUAUCUUGACUGCUUGCUAGUAAAACCAACGAUCCUGUAUGAAAAUGAGGACUUCACCCCUCUUGCAUCAAAUGUUACAUUACAAGGACCACUUGCUGUUGCUGUUCGAACACAGAGUCAUAGAGAUGAGAACAAACUGCUGGUGAUGGGGCUGGAUCCUGACAAAUUUCCUGUGUUAAAUCCAAGCAGAAUGGGAAAGUCUGCAAUUGGUGAUUUAUCAAUAAGUGUUAUCAAAAACAUACUUGGGAAACAGAAAUGCACUGAACCAGUUCUCAGUGACAAGGAAUUCUGGAUAUUUGAAGAGAAGCCUCCAGAAUCUGAUACUUUUAAGGGGAUUAUUAUGAAUAUUCUCUGGAUGGGUAAUAACAGCUUGCUCUGCCUUGCUGAGGAGUUCUACCAAAAUAAGCAGCCUCAUAUGACAAUCCCUGAAGAUCUGCCAGAGACAAUUGAACAUCUUGCAGCAGUGCUCAAACAGAAUCUAUUGUCAUACCAAAGUCAGACAGAUAACUAUUACAAUUCCUGUCUUACAGAAUUUCAGGAGCAGUUAAAGUUGUUUGAGAAGGAGCUCCCUUAUGUCUCCCAGUUGACAGUCGAAGGUCUUUUAAAAGAACACGAGCAGAAGCUCAUCGAUUCCACUGGUCAGGUUUGGCACCUCUUCAACAAACAGCUGGAAGGCUGGGAGAACAUGAAGGCUGUACACAAGAAUCAGUUACAUCCCUCUCUGGGACACCCAGACAAUGUAGUUCAGCUGGAUGCCUUGUGCCAAGAGGAAAUAAAAAGGCAAAAAGACCAAGCUGAUGAUAUUCAUCUCAACACACAGAAGCUGCAGGUAGAUGUAAAGCCAUUGCUUGCUGCCUUCACUGAAAAGCUGCUCCUGGAGUUAGAUGAAACUAUCACUAUUGAUGAUGUACAAGUAGCAAAAACUGAAGUGCCAAGAGAGAAGACAUCCACUUUAAUUCGUCAGAAACAAGCUGGGCUUCUAGAGAUCAGUGAAGUUAAACAGUUAACUGAGCGUGGGGGCAGGUAA